AUGUUUUCUGGAGCAAGUGCUUCAGCAUUUUCUGGAGGAUUUGGUUCUCCGUUUUGUUCACCGAUGAUGAUGCCCUAUGAUGUUCCCUGUCCGCAGCCCGUACCUUGUCCAGUUCCCGUUCAAACUCCUUACUUGAGAACAGUUCUUCAACCGUAUGAUAUGCCGUUUCAACAUACAAUUCAACCGGUGGGCGUUCCAGUUCCCGUCGGAGUACCUGUCCAUCAACCUGUACCUUUUCCUGUUGAUAGACCUGUUGGUAUUCCCGUUCCACAACCUGUACCAGUACCUGUAGAAAGACAAGUCGGUGUUCCUUUUCCAGUAGCCGUUCCCGUUCCCCAGCCUUAUCCUGUGCCUCAUCCUGUGCCUCAACCAUUUAUUGUUAGAGAGCCAGUCGGUGUUCCCUAUCCGGUAGAAAGCAGACAUAGAAGCUCAUAUAGAGAACAAGAGUAUUAUUCGGCUCCAUCAUACCAUCACGUAGAACGUAUUGUUGAAGAACCAAUUAUAAUUCGUCGACACAGACGACGCUGUCGUCGUAGAUCAUCACCACCACCUCAACCGAUUGUAAUACCUAUACCUAUACAAGCUCCUGUACAACAACAACAACUGCAACAACAAUCGUUACAAAUAACGGAGUAUGUUCAAGAUAUUUAUCCUCCAGCCCAAGUAAUCACAGAACGAGUACCCAUUGGAUAUAUGGCAAACAACACACUUGUACAACAACCCGGCUUAGUCUCUCUAACUCCCGGCUCUAUGAAUGUUCAACAAUUUGCAACGACGUCUAUGAACUGUCAACCAGGAACAGUUAUGCUAGGAAAUCAACCUCAACAACAGCAAUUAAUACAAAUGAUGGAACCAAGUGCUUCUGGUCAAUUAAUAUUGAAUCAAAAUCCUGGUGCUAGAGUUAUUUCUCCGUCAAUGUCUGGUGUCAUGGGACAUCCUUCUAUGUAUGGAACUCAGAUAAUAGGCUGA